GGAGGGCCGCGGGAGGGCUCACGUGGGGAGCGGCACCUAUGGGGAGGCGGCGGGAGCCGGGCGGGCGGCGGGGCCCAUCGGGGCGGCGAGCUGUCAAAGAGGCAUCCCGGGAGCUGGGAGCGGGAGCAACCCUAUGUGUCUCUAAGCUGCGAGACCCCCCGCCCCGGUCCCGCUCGCCAUGAACACCGAGGAGCAGUAUUACGCCUCGGCACAGCUCUAUAAGGAGUCGUGCGCAUUUCAGAGAGCCCCGGCACAGGAUUACAGCCCCGGCCCCCCCGCUUGCCUGUACAUGGGCAGGCAGCAGCAGACUCCUUACCCCAGCGCCUUAGGGGCUCUCGAGCAAGGCAGCCCGCCAGACAUCUCACCUUAUGAGGUGCCCCCCAUCACAGAAGAUGCCGGGGUCUCCCACCUUCACCACCACCACCAUCAUCUGCCUCCUCUCCACCAGGACGCGCUGCCUUUCGCAGACGGCGCGGACACGGGGGCGACAGAGGAGACCCGAGUACAGGUGCCUUUCGCCUGGAUGAAGUCCACCAAAUCUCACGCCUGGAAGGGACAGUGGACCGGGGGGUCCUACGUGGUGGAGCCGGAGGAGAGCAAGCGGACGAGGACGGCGUACACCCGGGCUCAGCUUCUGGAGCUGGAGAAGGAGUUUCUCUUCAACAAGUACAUCUCCAGGCCGCGGCGGGUGGAACUAGCUGUCAUGUUGAACUUGACCGAGAGGCACAUCAAGAUCUGGUUCCAGAACCGGCGGAUGAAGUGGAAGAAGGAAGAGGACAAAAAGCGAGGGGCGGGCAACAGCAAUGACCCGGAGCAAGACUGCGUGGUGUCCCCCGGGGAGCUCCAGGGCAAGGAAGAUCUCCAGCCGUGCCCCGCCGGGAACCUGCCCUCGGGGGGCUCCAGGGACCCGCUCGCCCCCAGCCUCGCCCCCAGAAGGCAGACGGAUUCCCGGUGAGCCACGGGGAGUCCCACGCCCCUGGCUGAGGAAGAGGAGACAGGGGAGAGAGCCGGGAAGCUGGCGCCGGCUUCCCGCCGCCGUGCCGUGACCGACCCUCGCCCGCCUUCCCUGGGGAAACUCGAUGACCCCACUCCGAAACUCCCGUCCUGAGAAAGUUAAACGAAAGUGCUCGGCUGUAGCGAGGAGAGGCUCGCUGCGGGCCGUGGGGCCGGAGGAGGCCGCAGUCAGCCUCUGGGAUGGCGGCGAGCUGGGCCCCACUUUCCCGGGGCACCCCGCGUCUCAGCGGGCCCGACGGGGCAGCUUUCCCCGGGGAAGGCGGGUCUCGGGUGGGCACCGACGGUGUGCGCAACUCUGGGUACACGGAGCUGUCUGGAAACUGGAGGAGAAGCGAGCUAACGCCGCCUUACCGCUGGCGGCUGCUCCGCCAGGGCGCGGGACCCGCCGUGCCCGGAGCUGCACAAGAGCGGCCGCAGAGCCAGGCAUCCUGGGCCU